AUGGCUUUUGAAGGACGUGGUGGAGGUCGUGGUGGAGCUUCUCGUGGUGGCCGAGGUGGUUUUGGUGGCGAUCGUGGCGGCCGAGGUGGUGCUCGUGGUGGUGGUGGCCGAGGUGGUUUCGGUGGUGAUCGCGGUGGCCGUGGAGGUGCUCGUGGCGGUCGAGGUGGUGCCCGUGGUGGUCGAGGUGGUGCUCGUGGUGGCCGUGGAGGCGCUCGUGGAGGUGCUGCUGGUGGAUCCAAGGUUAUCAUCGAACCUCAUCGUCACGAAGGUAUCUUCAUUGCUCGCGGAAAGGAAGAUUUGUUGGUAACCAAGAACUUGGUUCCUGGUGAAUCUGUAUAUGGUGAAAAACGUAUUUCUGUGGAUGGUCCUGAAAACACCAAGAUUGAAUAUCGUGUAUGGAAUCCUUUCCGUUCCAAGAUUGCUGCUGCUGUUUUGGGUGGUAUUGAUCAUUUGCAUAUUGCUCCUGGAAAGAAGGUUUUAUAUUUGGGUGCUGCUUCUGGUACUUCCGUUUCCCAUGUUGCUGAUGUGGUUGGUCCUACUGGUGCUGUUUAUGGUGUUGAAUUCUCUCAUCGUUCCGGUCGUGAUUUGAUCAACAUGGCCAAGAAACGCACUAAUGUUGUACCUAUUAUUGAAGAUGCUCGUCACCCUCACAAAUAUCGUAUGCUCGUUCCUAUGGUGGAUGUUAUCUUUGCUGAUGUUGCUCAACCUGAUCAAGCUCGUAUUAUCACUCUCAAUGCUCAUCACUUCUUGAAGAACAACGGUCAUAUUGUCAUUUCCAUCAAGGCUUCUUGUAUUGAUUCUACUGUAGAUGCUGCUACUGUAUUUGCUCGUGAAGUUAAGAAACUCCAAGAAGAACGUGUCAAACCUCAAGAACAAUUGACUUUGGAACCUUAUGAAAGAGAUCAUGCUGUGGUGGUUGGUCGUUAUGUCCGAAACAAGUAAAUCCUCUUGUUUUUUUUAUUUAUUUUAUGUUUUGUCAUUUCUACAAACGCAUUUGCUCUUAGUUUAUCAUUCUCCUUAGAUUGUCUGUAAAUACUCUUCUUUUCUUCUUUUUUUAUUUUUUGUUGUGGCUCCAUCUACACUUCUAUUUCCCUUCAAAAAAAAAAAAAAAACAACAACAACAACUGUGUUCUAUUCUAUUUCUUAUUAGAUUAUUAUCAAUAAAAGAAAUGUCUUCUUGUAACAUCUAUAAA